AUGGCUGAGGAAGAAAAAGGAACUUCAGCCUGGCAUAGAGUCCCUACCUGGGAUGGAAGCCCUGCGACAUGGCGGGCGUUCAAGCGUGAGAUGGCUUGGUGGACUUCCUCGCUGAAUCUGGAGGACACCAAGAAGUACAAUUUGGUGGCGAGAUGGCUGCUGAGGCAGACAGGUGCGGUGAGGGCCCGAGGUGAAGAAUUCGAGCCCCAUGAAUUGGAGUAUCGAAAAGAAGUUUCCACCAUAGACUCUCUGACGAAUGAGAAGGUGAUCACAGUGACGGAAGACCCUUUUAGCCAUUUCUACUUGGAGCUGAAGCGGAGGCCAUGCGAAAGGUUGUCAGAGUUUUGCACUCGCUUCAGAACCUUGGUGGCCGAGAUGAAACAGGAGGGCAUUGUUCUUCCUGAUGGAGAACUUGGAUGGUUCCUGAAAUCGAAGCUUGGUUUGGAUCCGUUGAGGUCUCAACUUCUUGAGACGGCAUUGGCUGGCCGGGAAUCCUAUGAUGCUGUGGAAGGUGAAGUUCUGCGGUUGUUCAAGGAUCUGCAUACGGCUGACCCUUUGUACCGGAAAUCCAACUUGACUUCGGAUGGUAAGGGACCUCCUACCCGAGCUCUUCAGCCCCUUCAGUUGCAAGCUCUGGCCAAAAGUCGCUCCGAUCCUUUGCUCCUCGCACAUGUUGCGGAGUUGGAUGAUGAAACAAUGAUGGAAGAGCCUGAAGAUGUUGAACCAGAUGAAGAAGGUAGUCCUGAGGGUCACCAUGCGUUUUCACUUGAGGAAGUUUUGCAAGCCGAAGCUGAAGGACUUGCGGCUGAGUUGGAACAGGCAGAACAUGAAGGAAUAGAUGUUGAUGUGCUUAACGAGCUGGAAACAGGUGUUGAGCAGGCAGCUGAGAGUCUGAUCACUAUGCGUGAGGCUCGUGGGAAGUUGGCUGAAGUCCGAAAUGACCGAGGUUACGGAAGGACCAGUGGCAGUUCCUCCAGUCCUGGAAAGGGCAAACCUCAUGGCAAUCAAGCGACUGCCAGAAAACAGAGUGGCAAGCAUCCAUGUUGGGACUGCAAUGAACAUGGACAUUGGGCAGGUGAUCCACAAUGCCCCAAACCUGGUGCUGGCCUUGGAAAGAAACGCCAAACUUCUCAAGGUCGUCAUGUGAAGAUUGCCGAAGCCUACAAUACUGAGCUUGUGGUUGGGCCUCCCCGUGAAACUGCUGCCGCAAACGUUGUGGAACAUGAAGUCUCCAUGGUUCAGCUGGACCGUGGACGGAGCCUUGAUGAAGCCUUCCAGAACUCCCAAUCCAAGUGUGCGGAGGUGAAUAGUGCCAAUGAGCCCUCGCUCUCCUGGGACAAAAAGCUGGUUGGUGCGUUGGACUCUGCGUGCAACCGAACUUGCACCGGCACUACAUGGUUAAACAGCUAUCUCCUCAACCUCAAGGAUGCUCCCCCUGAAAUCCAAGCUUUAGUUUGCCAUGAACCAGAGAAGGAGACCUUUCGUUUUGGGAAUGGUGCCACCAAAGUUAGUUUGGAGCGCUGGCGACUUCCAACUAUGAUCGGUUCAACCUUGGUUUUAUUUUGGACUUCAGUGGUGCCAGUGAGUUCUUUGGGUUUGCUUUUGGGCCGAGAUUUCAUGGAUGCCAUCGGCGCUGUUUUGAGUUUUUCCAGAAAGGCAUUGCGAUGUGACCACCUCAACAGUGGCGUGAUUCCGCUCAGGCAGUUGCAAGCUGGGCACUUCAUGCUGCCGCUGCUGCCGGAGAGAUGGUGCAGGCCUGGGUUGCAAAGAUGGUGUCGUUUGGGGCAAGACAAUGUCAUUGAGUUGCAAGUGAGUGGAACAGAAUGGGUUCGUCGAAAACUUGCAGCACAAGGUUUGAUUCCAUGCAAACAACAUGAACAUUUGGUGACUGAAUGGAGUGAGAAAGCGGCUGAUGUGAAGUUUUCGGGUUUGCAACCUUUGUCACAUGUUUUUCAACCUGCCCCUGCGGUUCAAGUCAGUAUGAAGCAGGGCAAACAGCCUGGUUCUCUCACGUCUCCAUCCUCUCCUACCAGUUGUGUUCGUGAUGCAAAGACCUCCUUUGGACGGAGGCAAAGCGUUGACAGCCGCUCGUGCGCUGACCAGAUGGCGCAGAAUGGUGGCACGAAAGUUCGAAAGGGCCGUUUGGCAUGCUUUUGGACAGCUCUUGUGGCUUGUGCAGCGGCCUUACCUGAGGUGAAUAUGCACGAGUGCAUGCAGCUGCGCAACCGCAUGGGCAUAGAGCAUUGCUUUGUGGAAGACCCCAUGCUGACUGGAAUGAUGGCAGCCCGAUCCAACAGGGGCCUCAACCUGAGACUUCGAGCUGGAGUGAUUGCAGAAGCCAAAGCCGAAGCCAAACGCCUCAAAGACGAGAAGGCCAAGGUGGAAGCAGUCAGGUCGUUGAUUGGACCGAGAGGUGGAUUGCCAACUCUUCGCGACGAUUUGUUGCGCCUUGCAACUCUGCUGCAUGUGGAGAUCGCAGAUCGCGACACGACCGAGGUGCUCAAGACCAAGAUUCGUCCAGUGGUGGAAAGUUUGAAGGGUCCUCUGGCCGAAGUGAAGUCAAGCGGAUCUUCAACCGAGCACUUCGAGGUUGGCACUCCCACUGCGGCCGCAAAGGCCAAAUCAGCUCCGAAGCCUCAGCCAAUGGAAUUGCCAAGUCCAGUGCAGCCAGAAGCUAAAAUGUCGAACGAAGAGCUUCGAGCACUUUUGAAAGAGCAAGAGACCAAGUACACCACCAUGAUCAACCAGAUGUACCAGCACAUCAUGAUGGUGCAAAGCAAUGCUGCUUCAAUGAUGCCUCCCCUGACUAUGGGAGAUCUUCCGGAUGCACAGAUGGCUCCUCAAGGUUGGACAGACGAAGAGAUCCAACAGAUGAAUGCCGAAUGUCAGCUGGAGAUGGAUCGAGACGGCACCUUGAGCCUCUCCGAAGUGAGUUCCUCUAUGACAGGUGUCAAGCCUGGCCAACGGCAGCUGAUCUCUCAAGCUUGGGAGAAGCAUGUGGCAGACCGGAAGAAAACUUCAGUGACCAAAGCUCAGAUCAAUGAUGCCUUUGAAACUAUGUGGACGGCAGAAAUGGAAUCCUUCAUGAAUGAGACCUUCCUGGCCAACAUUCAUUUGCCCUCCACGACUCCUGCAGAAGCACAGAAGCGUGGACAUUGCACUGGUCCACCCAUGUCUUUGGAGACAGGCUGGGAUUUUCUGAAUCCAAUGCACCGACGGCAAGCCUUUAGAUGGGUGCGAGAGAACAAGCCUUUUUUUUUGGUUUUGGCAUUUCCUUUCAACUUUUGGACUUUGUUGCUGGGAUUGAAUCCUCCAAAAGAUCCUGAAGCUCACUAUGAGAAAGGCAUUACUCUCCUCCGUUUUGCAUUGCUGCUUGCUCAAGAGCAAAUCAGGCAUGGCCGUCACUACAUUUUGGGGAACCCUGCUGGCUCUAAGGCAUGGAAACUUCAGGAAAUGUUGGAAUGGUUGGAAAAGUUUAAAGCCUUGAUGGUGAAGUUCGAUCAAUGCAGAUUUGGGCUUCGUUGCGGUGCGACUGGACUUUUGCACCAGAAGCCGACAUGUUUGGCCACUUCUUCUCAGGCCGUGAUUUCAAAGUUUGUGAACAAGCGUUGCAUGCGCAACCACUUGCAUGCGCAGGUGAUUGGAGGUAGCAAAGUUACAGCUCCUGCGGGGCGGUACCCUCCUUUGAUGGCACGCGCCAUCGUUCAAGCUUUGGAGGAACAGUUUGAGUUUGAUUUUGGUCGGCAGUUGGCUGACAGUGUGAAUUUUCCAAGCCAUGGAGUUCAAGCUCUGGAAGAUGAACUCGAUGCUGAAGUGGAAGCUGCUGGCGGCAAUGUGCCGCAUCCUCCAGAUGAAGGUGAAGCCGUUAGAUUCUUGGAUGAUGACAGUGGCUCAGAUGUUGCAGUUCCAGAGCAUCCCAAAGCAAGCCUCGCUGUCAUGCAAGCUGUCAAAAGAUUGCAUGAAUCAACCGGACACAGAAGUCCGAAGCGUCUUGCAAGAGCUUUAGCCAUCAGUGGCGCUCCUGUGGAAACAGUAGUUGCAGCAAAAGCCUUGAAAUGUGAUGUUUGUGCUGAACGCCGCAAGGCAAAACCUCCAAAGCCGGCAUCAUUGCCGACACCCAAAGACACCAGUGACCAGGUCUUCAUCGACCUCUUUCAUGUGUAUGAUGCCGCAGACACCAAGUAUGUCAUUGUGCACAUGACUGACUAUACAUCCAGAUAUCAAAUGGCAGGUGUUUUGGAUGGAAAGUCUUCAGCCGAGGUGACGUCUUUCAUCAAGCAGAACUGGCUUCCAUUGAUGGGUCCACCACGUGUUUUGGUUGCUGACCAUGGGUGCGAAUUUGUCUCCCAUGAGUUUGAGACCUUUUGCGCUGGCCUUGGGAUCUAUGUCUAUUUUACUGGCAUUGGUUCUCCAAGAAUGGUGUUGCUGAGCGAUCUGGUGGCGUGCUGA